AGCUCAUUCCAUUCGCAUUCGUUGACAGUUGGAAGUACGUGCGUGAUGUUUAUGGAUUUUAAAAAACAUGCAAGGCGCGCCGGAUUGCAUCGUAUUCAAAUAAUUAUUAGUAGCUCGACACCGAGCUUAUUGCUUUGCUAAAUAGAUGGACUACUCCAAAGAUAAUAAUGCCGGUCGACAUAAACCGCCUGACAGAAGGCUGGCUGGAGUUGGAGAGCGAUCCAGGUCUUUUCACUCUGCUCCUCGAAGACUUUGGUGUGAAGGGUGUCCAGGUGGAGGAAAUAUAUGACCUACAAAAGUCACUCGAGGGUCCGAUCUACGGUUUCAUAUUUUUAUUCCGUUGGAUUGAAGAGCGCAGAUCACGGCGCAAGGUUGUCGAACAAGAUGAGAGUUUCGUCAAGGACGAAGAUAUAGUCAAUAACAUAUUUUUUGCCCAACAGGUUGUUCCUAACAGCUGUGCGACUCAUGCUCUCCUAUCCGUUUUAUUAAACUGCCCUUCGAUCCAUCUGGGCACAACUUUGUCGCGGCUGAAAAUCCAUACCUCCGGCAUGUGUCCAGAGAACAAGGGAUGGGCGAUUGGCAAUACCCCGGAGCUGGCUUGCGCCCACAACUCCCACGCAAUGCCCCAGGCCAAGAGACGCCAGGACAAAAACACAGGUGUAUCGACUGGCAGAUUCACUGGAGAAGCUUUCCAUUUCGUCAGUUACGUACCGAUCAAUGGCAGGCUCUUCGAGCUAGACGGUCUGAAACCCUAUCCCAUGGACCAUGGUCCUUGGGGAGAGCACGAGGAAUGGACGGAACAAUUUAGGCGUGUGAUUACCGACAGACUGGGAAUGGCGACGGGUGAACAGCUCCAAGAUAUCAGGUUUAACUUGAUGGCUGUAGUGCCUGAUCGGAGACUGGCGAUAUCUCAUAAGCUGACUAUGUUAAAGACCAACAGGCAAAUUGUUCUGGAGGCUCUACAACAGCUGGUGAAGUUGAGCCACUCUGAAAGCACGUCUGAUAAAACUGGUAUGCACGGUGAAAGAGGAGACAGAAAGGAGGAGAGUGACAAAGUUAUCGAGGAUGGACACGCUAUAGCCAAAAUUGAUGGAGAUGGCUCCCUUUCCAUACCCACUAUCAGUGUCGAACAGUGCGAUGCUGUAAAUAACGGCGGUGAAAACUCGACCGCGACUACGAGCACAGUAAAAAAUGAGACAAGCGGCAUGGAGAAGGUCGUAAUGUGCGCUUUAGAUUACGCGACGCCUUUGAGAAUUCAGACGUCUCCGGCCCACAGCUCGUCCAGUACAGAUACGUCGUCGGAAAUCGGUUCGGCGUUCAACUCUCCCACUCAAGCUUGGGGCUGGAACUCUGGCCAGAGUAGUCCGACAUCGACGAAAGACUUCAAAAAAUUUGUUGUCAUUCGCGUGGCGGGAGAUGAGAAACACGAGACAGGCUUGAGUCGCUCCUUGGGUAAUAUAAACAUCAACGGCAAGAGGCUAGUGUCCGACAGUGGUCAUCUGCACAAAAAAGUCUGUCUGUCCGGAGAGGUGCGAAUACCGCACGCUCGGGUUAAAACGAGUAACGGAGACACGGUGACGGAGGAAAAGAAGGUUGAGAAAAUGGACUCAAAAUUGUGCUCGAAAUAUCCGGAACUGUUCGAGCCGCACACCUUUGCCCCGAAGGACCUUCUCGCGUUGCUGAAGAACCUCGAGCACGAGAUAAGCAUAUGCGAGAACAGUUUGAAAGACGAAAACGAUAAGAGAAACAAAUACAAAAUCGACGACUGCCGGCGGACCCACAACUAUGACGAGUUCAUUUGCACUUUCCUCUCUAUGCUGGCGCAACAAGGAAAACUCGCGGAAUUGGUCCAGCAGCAUCUGUCUUUGAAAAAACAUACUUCUGUACCCGUCAGCCGCGUUCAUAGAUCGGCAAAGAAAACAGACUCGAGACCGAAUUCUUCGCGACGACGUCGAGGCAGAACCAAAUGCAAGAAACGUAAAUAAGUUUAUUGUUAUAAUUUCUAGGCCUGCGAAUGAAAUAAUUAUCACAAUAUUAAUCACAUUUACCGCGUGAUAGAAAUAGUGAAUUGUAUAUGCAUAGAUACAAUUUUUCAUAUUAAAUUAUUAACACUAUAUUGAAGAAACAUGUUUUACCACUUUCAUUACUAGUGCUAUCAUUAAACUAAUGAAAGCGAUCCACCAUCUUUGGAUCUACGAUCUGGUAACACUGCAUAUUACAAUAGUGAAAAUAUCCAUUUAUGGAUAAGCGCACACGUAUACGCAAACUUUUAUAGAAAUACUGAGAAAGUUUAGAAAAUAUCUACAAUUCGUUGUUUCUGCCAUGCGUAAAUUCGUACUUCUGUAAUACUCGUAUUAUAAUUAACGCAUCUGAUUCAGUAUAAAAAUACGUUUGCAAGUUUGCUUGUAAUAAUUGCAUAUGCAGUGUGUGUAAUAUAAUAAUGAAUAAUAUAAAUUGAAUC